CCAUACUUUUCUGCAUUUCAUAUCCCUCGAUCUUCACGUGUGCACGAUUAUAUACAUAGAAACGUACCUUUGAUUUCGCCUUCACCUACAUUUUCUCUCCAACAGUAAACACAAACAAAACUAAACCAUGUCCUUGAGCCCACCUAGAGAAAGAACCGAAGGCGCCAGCGAACCUAACAACAACAACAACAACAAUGGCGAUACCAACAGAAACUUCCAGCUCUAUUGGUGCUACCAAUGCCAUACAGCCGUCAGGAUUUCAUCAUCCGCAAACCCCUCAGAAAUCAUCUGCCCUCGAUGUCUCGGCCAAUUCGUUCACGAGAUUGAAGUCACUAGGCCAAGACUUUUCGUCGAUUUCACAGCCUUUGAUCCUUCUCCAGAAGCCCGCUUACUUGAAGCGCUCUCCAUCAUACUCGAACCUCCCAUCAGGCUUUUCAACCGCACUCCUGAUGAUAUCCAAGAAGAACCCUCUCGCGGCCGUUCUUGGUUCCGUCGUAGAAGCAACAACGUUAACAUCGAACCAGAACCUACAACUUUUCGUCCUCGGACUUGGAUUGUGUUUAGACCAGUGGGACCUUCAAAUCCUAUUGAACCAAUCAUGCGACCUACACAUCCUGUCCCUCGUGGAGUCAGUCCAAGGGACUACUUUUUCGGUCCAGAGCUGAACCAACUGAUAGAAGAGUUGACACAGAAUGAUCGGCCGGGUCCGCCUCCGGUACCGGAGGAUGCCAUCGAUGCAAUACCGACGGUAAAAAUCACGGAAACACAUUUGAAGAAUGAGUCAAACUGUCCGGUUUGUAAAGAGGAGCUCAUGGUUGAUGGAGAGGCAAGAGAGUUGCCUUGUAAACAUAUAUACCAUAGUGACUGUAUUGUUCCAUGGUUAAGGUUGCAUAAUUCUUGUCCCGUUUGUCGCCAUGAAGUGUCCAUUGCUUCUGAUUCUAAUAUUGAUACGAGUGGGGUGGAUGAUGAGAUUAGCGAGGAUCAUGAAGAAGAGGGUCUUAGAAGAAGGUGCUUGAGGUUGAGGCAAUUGGCUUCUUUGUGGCCUUUCAGAGGAAGACAUAGAAGAAUUAAUCCGCAGCCUGAUACUGGUGGUAACUCUCAAGGACAAGAAGUUGGCACAAGGUCGCGUCAUUGCAAUAUUCUAUAGCCCUUGUAUGAAGCUCUUCCUCUUCUUGCUAGAAGCAAACUGUAUAUCUACUUCAUACGGUUAAAAUGUUAGGAAUUUAUGUGAAAAUUAACUAAUUAUGGAAAGGGGAUAC